UUUAUUCCCCUUUCCCGGGGGCUGAGUCACGGCCCGAGACGCCGGGGGUCAGCCCGGGGAGAGCCGUGAGGCGGCGCCCCCGGCCCCGCUCCCCGCCCCGGCCCGCCCUCACGUGACGCCGCUGGUUGCAAUUUUAGACCGUCAGCUGACUCCAGAAAUCCGUGGAGAGGGGCCGCUCUGCCUACAAAAACAGGGACGGAAAGCGGCAGCGACGUCGCGGCCUCUCAGCGUCGGGACCUCCAGCCUCUGACCCCUCGUCACUGUCGCCAGCAGCGCCAUCGCCGCCAUGGGCCCCCGCGGCCUCCUCCUGCUGCUCGCCCUGGCCGGGUCCUGCGCCGCCCUCAUCAGGAUCCCCCUGACCAAGUUCCCUUCCAUGCGGCGGAUCCUGAGAGAGGCAGGCAGUGAGAUCCCAGAUAUGAAUGCCAUCACCCAGGCCAUCAAGUACAAGCUGGGCUUUGCCGAGGAGGGUAAGCCCACUCCGGAAAUUUUGAAGAACUACAUGGAUGCCCAGUAUUUCGGUGUGAUUGGUAUUGGAACGCCGCCCCAGAAUUUCACUGUGAUCUUUGACACUGGCUCCUCCAACCUCUGGGUGCCAUCCGUGCACUGUUCCAUGCUGGACAUCGCCUGCAUGCUGCACCACAAGUAUGACUCUGCUAAAUCCAGCACCUACGUGAAGAACGGCACCAAGUUUGCCAUCCGCUAUGGGACAGGGAGCCUUUCCGGGUUCCUCAGCCAAGACGUAGUCACGCUUGGUGACUUGAAAAUCCUGGAUCAGACCUUUGGGGAGGCCACAAAGCAGCCAGGCAUGACAUUCAUCGCUGCCAAGUUUGAUGGCAUCCUGGGCCUGGCAUUCCCAAAGAUCUCUGUGGAGGGUGCCGAGCCUUUCUUCGAUAAUGUCAUGAAACAGAAGCUGGUUGAAAAAAAUAUGUUCUCUUUCUACCUAAACAGAGAUCCCUCUGGUGUCCCUGGCGGUGAGAUGGUCCUGGGAGGAACCGACCCCAAGUAUUACAAGGGCGAGUUCAGCUGGUUUAAUGUGACACGCAAGGCCUACUGGCAGAUCCACAUGGACUCGGUGGAAGUUGCCGAUGGGCCAAGCGUGUGUGAGGGGGGCUGUGAGGCCAUUGUGGACACAGGAACUUCACUCAUCACUGGCCCCACCAAAGAAGUGAAGAAGAUACAGGAGGCCAUUGGUGCAAAACCACUCAUAAAAGGCGAGUACAUGGUCCCCUGUGAAAAAGUGCUGACGCUGCCUGUCGUCUCAAUGAAACUAGGAGGGAAGUCCUUCAGCCUCACAGGAGACCAGUAUAUCCUCAAGAUUGGUGCACAAGGAGAGACUAUCUGCAUGAGUGGCUUUUCAGGCCUGGACAUCCCACCCCCUGGGGGCCCUCUCUGGAUCCUGGGAGAUGUCUUUAUUGGACCCUACUACUCUGCCUUUGACCGUGAUAACAACCGCGUUGGCUUUGCCACAAGUGCCUAAAGAGCUGCCCCCCACUGCCUCUGCCACACACACACUUAAAACACACACACACGGGAGCUGUAGAGAAAGGUUACCAGUAUUAGAAAUCCAGUGAGUGGAAAGGAGAAAAGAAAAAAAAAAAAGGAAAAAGAAAUGGAACUAGAUUUAAAAUUACAUGGGAAAUAGUUAUUAGUGCCCUGCUAGCUACUUUUUCCACUCUGAGUAAGUGGUCCUGGGAGGUCUCUAGCUGACAACUCCAGCUGGAGUAGUCCCUUGCUUUACUGCUAGGUCUUCCAGUAGUUCUUUUUGAGAAUGAUUCUCAGAGCUGAACAAGGCCCUCUCACAUCUCCCAGCACUGGUGUCCUUCCUGGAGGGUGGGGGGAGGCAGCUGGCUGAAGCCAGCCCCUGGCACAUCUGUUUGUGCAGAGAGGCUGUGCUACUGCUCUUGGGUUUGGUCUUCUGUGCUGGGGGAGAGGGACAAGGGAGGGCUGUCCUGCACAUUAGUUCUUACUGCUUUUUCACUCCUGAAGUAGGGGAGUGAAUGGCCUGGGAGAAUCUGUCUUUGUGACCCCUCCGUGGCAGGUUGAAGCAGUAACCAGGAGGUCAUUUCUCAAGGAGUUUGUGCUGGUUUGGUCCUAGGAGAGCAUGUCCUGAGUGCAGUGAUGGGGAAGCACGGUAACGUGCCCAGAGGAUGAGUUUCAGAGCCUAAGGGCUGUGGUGGUGUGUUUUGCUUAGUGAUGGCAUUAGUGAGAGGGCUGGGAGGCAUGGUCCACAUCCCCGACAUAAUGGGACAUGGGUUUGUAGGGGGGCUCUAGACAGUGGGACUUUUCAGUCAGUAUGAAUAUUAAGGGGGUCAAGAUAGGUUAUAAUAGAGGUUACUUGAAUUCAGGGCCAUGAAGGUCCAGCCUUCUGCUGAGCAAAGUCAUGUGGCACAAGUUCUCUUGAGUUUAGUGACCUUCUCCCAGGUUCCCCAAACACCAAAUCUUCCCAGUUUCAACCACAGCCAGCGAGUUGAGAAUAAUGUUUCCUGAAGCAACUAAGUGAAACAAGCUGAAAUCAUACUGGUAAAAUCUUUGUUUGUCAGCCACAUAAGAGCUUUUGGAAACAUGAUUCACAGCAUUUUGAACUGCCCAAAACUCAAGAGACAGUUGGCAGAGCCAGCAAACCUCCUGGGCAGGAGGAUGCCAUGGCAGCUGCUGGACUUACAUUCACUUUCCCUGCUGCCCUGUCCCAAAAUCCAGCUGCUUUUAACACCCUCUGUUCCUGCUUUCCACUUCACUAACACUGGUGAGGUCUGUUCAUGUCCAGCUGUGUUGCAGAGAGUGAGGCACAAUCCUGCUUCAGAUUUAGCUGAUUUAGCUGUGCACACAGAUCCUCCCAGAGAGCCGGGAUCUGCACAUGUGGAGCCACUUGCUGGGCUGGCACUGGUAGGCAAACACUGGUGGAGCUGGGAGGAUGAUAAAACUAGUUUUAAGCAGUACUGGAAAGCAGAAGAGAGCCUGCCAAGAAUCCCAGGCCUUGUGCUGGGAGUAAAAGACUCUCUUCAUUUUCCCAGUGUGCUGGAUCAGUUCCUGAAGUUAAGGGAGUGGCAGCAGAUAAGGAACAAAGCUUGGAGUGGCAAAAAGAUAAGAUCAGUGGCGGCCAUGACCUCAAACCAGGUUAAACAGAUGGCAAAAUCCUGGCUACCCACAAUUCACUGAUAAUCCUGCCAGCAGUAGCAGUGGGGCCAAGAAAUUUUUUGAGAAAGGUCUUUGGGCAGUGAAAGAAUAGACAGUUUUGCCUAAUGGAAUAAGCUUGGCAUUAUAACCAUGCUUCACCUUGGAGGGGUCUGGCAUGGACAGUGGGGACAGGCGUAGGCACACAUGGGACACAUGCAUUGUCCCCUGCAACCCCAGAUGUGACAAGUGCUGCUCCCCAAAGCUUGCUUCUGCCUCCUCAUAAUCUUCACCUGGAGCUCUGCAUCUGGACACCAAAGGACAUCUGUUUUAGACUGGCCAGAGAGCAGUAGCAUGUUACCAAAAAAAAAAAAAAUCUUCACUAGCUGCUCCAAAAUUAGCAAAUAUUCAGCACCUCUCCAGAGACCUUCAAUUUCACACCAGUUAAGUUCCCCCAGCUCCUCCAAGUUGUGCUACAUCAUUUCCCAGCUGCAGGAUUUCUUCAGCAUGGGAAGACAGAGUUGGCCUCUUGGGUACCUGCUGACCAGACCUGAUGUGAGGUGGAAGCUUGACACGGACCUGGCAGUGGCUUUUGAACAUUUUCAGCAUCGAAGUGGGAUGUGCAGCACAGCCUCAGAUGGAGCCCUUGGGCCGUGGCUGUGCUGGGCGUGCGCUGCCUCCCGCUGCCUGUGUGUCCCAGCACAGUGACUCCAGGUGGGACUCCAGGGUCUGUCAGCAGGCAGGAGGCAGCUGCCUGGGAAAGCAUGGCCCAGAGUGAUGCCCUGAGUGACACACUGUAGGAUAGGCUGGAGGACCAGUUCACUGCAGUCUUCCCUGAAUAGGUCUCCUCCCCCUGUUCUGUUAUUUGCAUUUUUAAACCCAUCUCUAAUCGUGUGACUGGUUUUUUAAAAUUAUUUUGCUGUCAGAAUUAAUUGUCUCUUCAUAGAAAAUUGAAAAGAAAAUACAGUAUUUUCCCCAUUAA